GAUAAAUUAGUUUUAAUAUUGAUUUUUCUCUUUUCAAUCUUAGAGAUUUUAUUCAAAUAAUAAUAUAAAACAGUUUAAUCUUUGAUAUCAGCCGUCAUAAAUAAGGCUUUUAUAGAAUAAUAUCGGAUAAGCUCACUGAAAGAUGAAUGCGAAUGUAGUAUUCGAUUCAUACCUCAUCGGUCUACAACCACACAUACCUCUCUCGUAAUUUGUAUGUAGUGACGUCAAAACAUUCUGUUCAAUAAAACGAAAUAUGUUUUUUUUGUUAAGAAAAAAAAUUGAAAUCUUUUUUUUUGUUUUACAGAAGAAUUAAUUCCUUUGGUUAUUAUUAAUGAAGAUACGAAAUGGAAACAAAGUGCAACUACUGUUGCUGGAGGAAAUAAACGAGGAGAUGGACUAAAUCAAUUAAAGCAGCCUCUGGGUAUUUAUGUUGAUGAGGACAGUGAAAGUAUUUAUAUUGCUGAUACUGAUAACAAUCGUAUUGUUCGAUGGAAAUUUGGGGCAAAGAAUGGUACAAUUGUUGCAGGUGGAAAUGGACAGGGCGAUAACAUAGAUCAAUUGCGGUCUCCAACAGACAUAGUUCUUAAUAAAGAGAAGACAUCUCUCAUCAUUUGUGAUUCGUAUAACAAGCGAGUGAUUCGAUGGUCUCUUCAAAAUAGUCAGAGUAAAGAAAUAUUGAUCUCUGAUAUUUCUUGCUGGGGUUUGGCAAUACAUAAUAAUGGAGAUCUUUAUAUUUCUGACUAUAAAAAACAUCAAAUCAGACGUUUGCAGCAAGGAGAUAAAGAAGCUACAAUCGUAGUAGGUUACCAUGGACAAGGAAAUCAGUUGAAUCAAUUAAAUGAACCUAUGUAUAUCUUUGUCGAUAAAAAUCAUUCAAUUUACGUAGCGGAUUGUGCGAAUAAUCGUGUAAUGAAAUGGAUGAAAAAUGCGUUUGAAGGGACUCUUGUUGCUCCAGGAAAAGCUUCUGGCGAAAGUCUUAAUUCACUAAAGGAACCUAUAGGUGUUAUUGUUGAUCAUGUUGGUAAUAUUUAUGUGUCAAAUUCUUAUGCUUUUCAAAUAAAACGUUGGUCGCCAGGUGCAAAAGAAGGUGUUCCUGUCGUUGGUGAAGAAAAAAUUGAAAGCGACGGACCCACGGAGCUCAGCCAUCCAUAUGAUUUAUCAUUUGAUCGACAGGGUAAUCUAUAUGUUCUCAGCUAUGGCACGAAUCGAUUACAAAAAUUUGUUAUUGAUGUUGACUAA